CAAGUUCCUCUCGCGCACUUGUCACUUGAGGCUUGCCCCUAGGCCUCUAGUCCUCUACUACUUCCUCCGAACUCGGAAUGUGGCUCGUCAAAGGCUUGUGUUGUUUCCUCGGGCUUUUCUCAACCCUCGGCUGUUUCUGCGCCAGCUGCUUCUGGUCCUGUCUUAGCUGCUUCUAAGCCGUCAUCCAGUCAGUCAGUCACCGUGACCUCCACCUGGGAUGGAUGCCCGUGCUCUCAAUGACGACCCGCCCUUUGGCCCCGUUGUCAACGGGACCAUGGUGGUAGUCUUCUGGGAGUACCGACCGAGCAACAUUGCGGCAUACAUUUUCCUAGCCCUCUUCGCACUUGCUACCCUCGCCCACGUGGUGUAUUUGAUCUGGUUGCGCGCCUGGACCUUUAUCCCGUUUGUCCUUGGCGGAAUCUGUCAAGUUUUUGGCUACUUUGAACGCGCCGAAGCUCAUUCCUCGCCUACUGCACUCGGCCCUUGGAUCCUCCAAAACAUGCUCCUCCUCGUCUCCCCGCCUCUACUUGCAGCUACGGUUUACAUGUCCCACGGGCGCAUCGCCACCGCCCUCCUUGAAGGGGUCACCACCACAAACCUGUCACGCAACCGCGACCGUGGGUGUUGCUCCCGCUGCUGCUAUUCCCUCUGCUGCACCUGCUCGCCGACCAAGGGCUAUGUCCUAAUCGACAUCGUUGCCAUCUUUACCCAGCUGAUUGGCACCGUGUUACCUGCUAGCGGCACUCCCGAAGCACAGCGCAUGAGUGUGAUUAUCGUGGUGGUCGGGUUGAUAGCGCAGGUUGUGGCGCUGUGCGUGUUCAUUGCUUCUGGGUGUGCCAGGCUGCACCUCAGGCUGAAAAGAGACCCGUCGCAUAGCAAGGCAAUGCUGGCGGAUCCGGGGGUAAAUUGGAUAGGGUACUUUGUUGUUUUGGAAAUUGCGGCGGGAAUGCUCUUAGUCAGGAGCAUAGUGAGAGGGGUGGAAUACCUCCAGGGGACGGACGGAUUUGUUGCGAGUCAUGAAGUGUUUAUCUAUGUGUUUGAUGCGGUGCCUAUGUUGGUUGUCAUGGUGGCAUUCUUGGUGCUGCACCCAACAAGACUGGUGAGGGAGGUGGUGAGGUUGGAGAGAAAGCUCAGGACAGCAGGAGAGUAUAUGGAGUUGGGUGGGACAGGGGGAUCUGAGCAUUCACAUCGGUUGCCGCUUCGAGGCUUACUCAUGGAAUAA